AACAUUCAAGCGGCCACCUGCUCAUGCCUCUCACCGAGCCGUGGAGUCUGGCGGUGAAGGGGCAGCAAAGGCAGAGACAGCAGGAGCAGUGACAGGGGUCUGGUGAAGGAGUGCACUGUGACGGGGGAGAAUGUCAGGGCACCGCCAGCCGCAGGACCUGGUGCUCAUUAAAGAACUGGAGCUCAUCUUGGAUUCCUGCAUUCUGGAGCUCACACCAGUAGAGGAGGUCUGGCCCAGCCUCUACAUAGGAAAUGUGGCUGUAGCACAGAAUAGAAAAACAUUACAUAAGCUUGGCAUCACUCACGUCCUGAACGCAGCGCAUUCAAAGCAGGGCAGCAUCGGGGACCAGAGUUUUUACGGGAGCACCUGCGUUUACUUUGGCAUCCCAGCAGAGGACUCAGACAACUUUGACCUCAGUCAGUACUUCAGGCUGGCAGCUGACUUCAUACAUAAAGCCCUGAAGAACAAAGAUGGUAAAGUUCUGGUGCACUGCAUCAUGGGCAUGAGUCGAUCUGCCACUCUGGUCCUGGCCUACCUGAUGAUGCGGCAGCGUCUUUCACUGAAAGACGCUCUGAGGCUUGUAGUCCAAAAACGAGCCAUCUACCCCAACAGGAACUUUCUGUCUCUUCUCCUAAAACUGGAUGAGCAGCUGACACGAAAAAGGAGAUUAUGUCCUCUUCUCUGAUGUCCUUUUCUUUUCUUUUUGUUUAUUUUAUUGCUAUUAGCUGUAACUUUCUUUAAAACCCUUUGUGUGACAUAGUCCUUUCUGCAUUGUAUUUGUAUUUUGAAUAAUAAUUUGUUAUGAUUUUAUUAAGUGUGAUUUUAGAAUGACAGUUAGAAUAUUAAAUAUUAUUUUUAUUUUACAAUGUAGUGUCUCAAAGCAACUGUAUUGUGAUUUUACUGAAUAUCUGUAAAAGGAGUUAGACUAGGAUUUGUUUCUUAUUGUACUUUCAUGUGCUAUCUGUUAAUGCCAUCAAUAGUGUGCAUUUACUUUGUAAGUACACCUUCAUGAGUGAUGUACCAUCCAGUAAAGGUA